CUUGGAGGCAAAUUGACGAACCAUCUGCAGUCCAGCUCUUCUCUUGAAUCGAACUUGGGUGGAAAUCAAAGUCGGCGGCCGAGUCUCUAUAAUAUUUUGGCCUAUCCAUGGCAAUCAUCUGUUCGUAGAUCGAUUUUAUAGCGCAGCAACCAUGGAAGGGCGCCCACUGUCUCUGGCAUGCCAGCAGGCGGACAAUUCUUUUCGCGUCCCAGUGCAAGGUUGUCGAGAUUUUGAUUUCUCUCUUCUUUUCGAGGAAACAAUUCUGGGAAUAUUGCCUUUAGGAAUUCUGCUGGUAAUCAGCCCUUUUCGUCUAUGGUUCUUGUCUCGAAAGCCGCGCAAAGUAGCAGGCUCGUGGGCUUUAUGGAUCAAAACAGUCACAUGGGUCAUCUUAGGGGCGAUUCAUUUCGCUCUGGUUGCUCUGUGGUCUCUUCCCUCGGCGGCGCGAACGCACGCAUCCAUUGCGACGAGUACCGUGACCGCGGUGGGGGUGAUCUGCUUGAGCGUUCUCUCCUACUCCGAACACACUCACUCCGCUAGACCCUCUUUUCUCCUCAACGUCUAUCUUUUCAUCACGCUUCUCUUCGAUGUCGCGAAGACAAGAACCUUGUGGCUUCGAGACAUCGAGGGCAUCGGGGGAACGAUUGCGAUAGUCACCUCUGUGGCUACCGGAGUCAAGUUUCUUCUCCUCCUCCUGGAGACGUUGGAGAAGAGACGCCUCCUCAAGCAUGAAUACAGGGACUAUUCCCCGGAAGCUACUGCUGGCUUCUUCAAUCGGGCUCUCUUCCUAUGGUUGAAUCCUUUGUUCAAAAAUGGUUUUUUCAAGCAGUUAGCCGUCGAUGAUCUUUUUACGCUCGACAAAAAUCUGGGCUCUCAAAGACUUCAAGAUGCCCUGGAAGCCAAUUGGAACCAAAUUGAAAAACCAGGUGACAAUGCAUUGCUGUUCACGAUUUUCAGAACAUUCGCAUGGCAGCUGCUCGCAGCCAUAGUCCCACGGGCUUGCCUCGUUGGGCUAAAUGUCUGUCAGCCUCUACUUCUGCAUCGAUCGCUUUCCUUCUCCGCUGAGCCAGACACGAGUAAUACAACCAACGCCGGAUACGGAUUGAUCGGUGCUUACAUCCUCGUGUACACGGGAAUGGCGGUAUCUAUGGGACAAUAUCAACAUUUGACAUAUCGCGUCAUUACAAUGGUGAGAGGGGGAGUUGUCUCUAUGGUCUAUAAGAAAGCAAGUACUCUGAGCGUGAAAGACGCUGAUCCUGCUGCAUCUCUCACAUUGAUGAGUGCCGACAUCGAGAGGAUCGUUCAGGGUUGGCAAACGAUACACGAUAUUUGGGGAAAUACUCUCGAGAUAGCUUUGGCGAUCUUCCUUCUUGAGCGGGAGUUGGGGAUCUCUUGUGUUGUUCCGGUUGGAGUCUCACUUGUGGCGCUCGUGGGAUCCUUGAUCUCGCUUUCGCUUGUUGUUUCGAGGCAAGCCAUGUGGCUUGAGGCUAUCGAGAGGCGUAUCUCAUCAACAGGGUCGAUGCUUGCUUCGAUGAAAGGGAUCAAGCUGCUUGGUCUCAGCCACUUUUUCAUGACUCAUGUUCAUGGCUUACGUUUGGAGGAGCUAAAAAUUUCGAAAAGUUUCCGGAAGAUCCUGGUCUGGAAUCUGGCAUUUGCUUGGAUGACACGAAUAUUUGCCCCAAUAUUUACAUUUGGCGCCUUCGUCGGUAUAUCGCAUAGUAGGGGAAAUGAUUCAGCUCUGAACACUUCAAAUGCAUACACUUCCCUGUCGCUUUUUGCCCUUCUAUCAGAUCCAUUGCUAUCUCUUGUGAUGGCGCUGAUGACAUUCGUUGGCUCGGUUGGGUCUUUCAAGAGGAUUCAAGAAUUCCUCCAGAUGGACAGCCAUGUGGAUUCCAGACACGGACUAACUUCAUUCCCGGUUGACGUUUUUAAUGAGUCGAAAAUCUUUGGCUUAAUCAGAGAUUCGGACUGUUCGACAGAUGAGUCAAGCUCAUCGCAGUCGGUUAAGGCUACUUCUCUGCCAUUGCCCUAUGAGAUGAUCACAAUUCAAAGAGGAAGCUUCGGAUGGAACGGAGAAAAAGCUCCUUUACUCAAGGAUUUAACUAUUACAGUUCCGCGGCAAUCAUUUUCCGUCAUUGUUGGGCCGUCUGGUUGUGGAAAAUCAACGCUGCUCAAAGCUAUCCUUGGAGAGACACCAUGUCUCGGUGGAAGCCUGGCUCUAUCAUCCCAGAGUAUUGCAUAUUGUGAUCAGGUCCCUUGGCACAUGAACGCAACUAUCAAGGACAGCGUUGUGGCAAUGUCUUGCUAUGAUGAGAAGUGGUACAAUUCCGUGGUAGAGGCAUGUGCCCUAGUUGAGGACUUCCGGCAAUUACCACGAGGGGACCAGACAGUGAUUGGCAGCAAAGGUAUCGCUCUAAGUGGGGGACAGAGUCAACGCAUUGCACUCGCAAGAGCAGUGUACGCCAGGAAAGAUAUUGUUAUUCUCGAUGAUGUUCUAAGCAGCUUAGAUGCCGCAACUGAGGAUCAUAUCUUUCAUCACUUACUGGGCAUUCAUGGCUUGCUCCGCUCGAUCGGCUCCACGGUUCUGUUUGCUUCUUCAUCUGUAAAACGAAUACCAUAUGCUGACCACAUCGUGGUUCUUGAUACUGAAGGUCGGGUCUCGGAACAAGGAAGCUUCAAGGCCCUUGAUCCCGCCGGAGGAUACGUAUCUGGCUUUUCUUUAGGGGCACCCGACUGGGAUUUCAAGGCAGAAGGUCUUCCUGCGCCAGAAAUCCCAAAGGCUUCGGUCGGCUCUAAUGAUCAAGACAAGGAAUACAUUAUUGACAAAUUCGGAAGCGGGGGCGAUGUCUCAAUAUACCUUUACUAUGUUCGCUCCAUUGGUUGGGUCCCGACCAUGGUUUUUAUCGUAGCAAUUACCGGCUUUGUGUUUUGCAUAUCCUUUCCAAGCAUCUGGAUAAAAUGGUGGGCUCGAUCAAAUGAGACCGAUCCUGGAAAGCAAACGGGAUACUAUAUCGGAAUUUAUGCAAUGCUCGGCGCCGUCGGCAUGAUAUCUCUCAUCAUAGGUUGCCGUCAGAUGAUCAUCAGCAUGGUGCCAAAGUCAGGCGAGAAGUUUCACCGCCAGCUCUUGAGUAAGGUUCUCAGCGCACCAAUGCAAUUCUUUGCAAGCACGGACACCGGUGCUAUUCUCAACAGGUUCAGCCAGGAUUUGCAACUCAUAGAUAUGGAGCUCCCAGUUGCCGCCAUCAACACAUUCGUCACCUUCGUUCUUUGCUUAUGCCAGAUGGUUUUCAUGGGAAUCGCCUCAAAAUAUGCGGCCAUUUCAUUUCCCCUGGUAAUUUUUACCAUUUACAGCAUCCAAAAGAUCUACCUUCGCACCUCACGGCAGUUGCGAUUCUUGGACCUUGAGGCAAAGGCGCCAUUAUACGCGCACUUCACCGAUUGCCUUGGGGGUCUAACAACUGUAAGAGCUUUCGGGUGGCAGCAAGCACUGCAAGACAAAAACCAUCGGCUCCUUGACUAUUCUCAAAGGCCGUUCUACUUCCUCUACGCUAUUCAGCGAUGGCUCACGCUAACUCUAGACAUGGUCGUUGCUGGGAUUGCGGUUCUUUUGAUUAUCCUUGUUGUAACGCUGCGAGGGUCAAUUGGCUCAGGCUAUGUGGGAGUCGCUCUGCUCAACGUCAUCUUAUUCAGUCAGAGCAUCAAAUUACUUGUGACAUUCUGGACAAAUCUUGAGACUCACAUUGGUUCAAUACUUCGCGUGAAGUCAUUCAGUGAAAACGUGGCUUCGGAGGAUCAGCCCGAUGAGAACGGGGAUGUACCGCCAGAAUGGCCGUCGAGGGGAGAAAUCUCAUUCGAAGCUGUGUCUGCCGAGUAUCGGGCUUCUGAGCCGGUUCUUCAAGACAUCUCAUUUGCUAUACAAGCAGGAGAAAAGGUUGCAAUUUGCGGGAGAACUGGCAGUGGCAAAACAUCUCUCAUAAUGAGCAUCUUCCGCAUGGUUGAUCUCACUUCCGGGAACAUCCUGAUUGACGGCAUCGACAUAUCUCAGAUACCUCGUCAAGAGAUACGCUCACGCAUCAACGGCGUCUCUCAAAGCCCAUUACUAAUCCAGGGGAGUGUCAGACAGAAUGUCGACCCGACGUGCCGUUCUUCUGACGAUGCUAUAAUGGCAGCUCUCAAGACUGUUCACCUUUCUACAAAGAUUCGAGAAAAGGGAGGCCUCGACACGAAUAUCGAUGAUCUCUUCCUAUCGCAAGGACAAAAACAGCUCUUCUGUCUAGCUCGGGCAAUUUUGCGCUCUGGAAACAUCCUUGUACUCGACGAGGCUACCAGCAGUGUCGAUACUAAAACCGACGAGAUAAUGCAACGAAUCAUCCGAGAAAAGUUUGCCAACCACACAAUCAUAACAGUCGCUCACAAGCUCGAGACUAUUCUCGACUACGAUAGAGUCAUCGUACUUGAUGCUGGUCGUAUCAUCGAGUCUGGAAACCCCUAUACUCUCCUUGGCUCAGAGUCCCAUUUCAGCAAGUUGUAUGCAAAAUCGGUGCUCGAAGAGUCGGAGUAGGCUAGUGAUGCAUCACAUUGCGUUCUUUCAAAUAGUUCUUAUUUUAAUUCUUACUUGC